ACUGCAGGUUCUCCCCUCGAACCAAAUUUGCCCUUGUUUUUCCAACAUGGCUGGUUUGUACCCAACCAGAUCCAUUUCUUUUGUAUCAGAAGACGUAAAGUGCCACUGCAUUCGUGCCUUUUCUUGGAACCUCGCUAGAAAAGGGCGACUUACGAGGAGCCGCUCUGCUUUUGCCGAACGGGCGACUAGAACUCUAUCGAAUUCCCUUUGCUGGCUAGAUGGCUGUGCUCUCCAGACGCAGCUUCCCAAAUUCGGCGCGGUAGAAGGAGGUAAUUAUUGCGAAUACCGAAGAACUGCGCUGACGGCUGGAAAGGCGACUCGACGAACAAGGACGCGACCGAGGCCGGGUGCUGGAGCUGGGCAUGUCGGGAGGUUUAAACGUCGGUAAAGGAAUUCCGCCAGUCGUCCCGAGUAGAGGCUUAUUGCAGUUUAUGGUGCGGAAUCCUGCGCAGCAGUAAGAUCCAUCGAUCGGUGAACACCAACAUGUGGAAAUUUGUGAG